AUGUGGAUGAUGAGUUAUAAUGAUGGGGCAGAGUUCAACAUGACAGAUUCUUUCAAUGGCCGCAAGCUUCGCACCCUUAUUCCAAGGCCAUCAACUGCUGCUUCUCCGAAUACUGCAACUGCAAACUCACCAUAUUUAAGCCAUAUCCAUGGCACUGAUGUUCUUGCCCUNAGGUGUUAUUUCCUUCCAUCAUAUGUGAACACAAAGGACAAUCAUAAGG